AUGGCGGAACACAACAUUGUUGUUUUUGCCGGCGACCACUGUGGCCCAGAGGUCAUUGCCGAGGCAAUUAAAGUCAUCAAGACGGUUGAGGAUAUGAGCCCGACUGCUGGCAAAUUCAAUUUGGACCACCAACUGCUUGGAGGGUGCUCCAUCGACAAGACCGGCAGCCCCCUUACAGACGAGGCCCUCGCCGCCGCCAAAGCCGCCGACGCUGUGCUCCUCGGCGCCAUUGGCGGCCCUGAAUGGGGCACUGGCGCCGUCCGCCCGGAGCAGGGCCUUCUAAGGCUGCGCAGUGAGAUGUGCGCCUAUGGAAACCUCCGCCCUUGUUUCUUCGCCUCCGACGCCCUUGUCGAGUCCUCCCCCCUCAAGGCGUCUGUCUGCCGUGGCGUCGACAUGAUGCUAGUCCGGGAGCUAACCUCAGGCCUGUAUUUCGGAGAGCGGAAGGAGUACGACGGAGUCAAUGCGCUCGAUACUACUGUCUAUACGAAACCGGAAAUCGAGCGUAUCGCGCGGAUGGGCGGCUACAUAGCCAGGACUAGGGGAGACUCGCGGGUCAUCUCGCUAGAUAAGGCAAACGUGCUGGCAACAAGCAGACUCUGGCGCUCUACGGUUGACGAGGUUUUCAAAAACGAGUUCCCGGAUCUGAAGAUUGAGCAUCAGCUCAUUGACAGCGCGGCCAUGAUCAUGGUCAAGAACCCGACGCAGCUAAACGGCGUUUUGAUCGCGCCCAAUUUGGCAGGGGAUAUUCUCAGCGACGAGGCGAGCGCUAUACCGGGAAGCAUUGGGCUUCUCCCGAGCGCGAGUCUCUGCGGAAUGCCGGGCUCUGCAGUGCCUUCUAUCUGUGAACCUAUCCAUGGUUCCGCGCCGGACAUAUCAGGGAAAGGGAUUGUCAACCCCAUUGGCACCAUCCUUUCCGUGGCUAUGAUGUUCCGGUACUCUCUGAAUCUUGCCCACGAGGCUAAACUCGUUGAGGACGCGGUUCGCGCUGCCAUCGACGCCGGGCUAAGAACCAAGGACAUGGGCGGCAGCACAGGCACCGCUGAAGCAGGAGAUGCCAUUAUUGCUGAGCUGGUCAAGAUUCUCAAGGCAUGA